GACGCUAACGAACAAACAACCUUGAAAUUUCAUCUCCGAAGAUUUUUGAAUCCACAAGAGUUGUUGGAUUCAUCAAUUUUCGAAUCGAUCUUCAAUCGAGUGAGAAGAGGAGGAUCUUUGGGUGGAGCGAAGCGAUGAUAACAAGAUCGAAUCUAGCGGAGCAGCUGAGGGAAUACCAGAUUCGAUCGAAGCACGAUUGGGCGUCGGUCUCCUUCUUCUCCUCAACCUCGAGCUUUUCUUCGUCUAGGGUGGAUGUUGUAGUCUUUGUCAUCUGGGAGCUAGUCAUCUUAGCCUUCUUAGUAUUCUCAGCCGUUUCCUUGUACUUCAAACGAUUGCAACUCGCCUUCAUCUUGGUAUGUGUCACUUUGCUACUACUUGUUUGCAUGAAGGUCACCAAGCAGGUGAGAUCGGCCAGGAAGAAGAAGCGAAGGAUGCUUCUUCCACUUUCUAUGUAAAGAAACACCAAACCAUAUGAGAAGUUGCUACUCUUUUUUCUUUCUUCACAAAACUCACCUCCUGGUUCACCCUGCUGAUCAUCCAAUUGCGCGUUUAGUUUAACGGAUGAUGAAGACGACAGUUAGACUUACGGCAUGGAGAUUUAGAGCUUUGAGUCAUGUCAGGGUGACUGAGCCCGGCAAUCUUAGGCUUUAGGGUUGUUAGUGUCUGACAAUCAUUUUUCUUCUGAUUAGCAUUUUGGCUUUUGUUCAGGGAAAAUAAUGUGUUGAAAAUUAAAGAGUUAUGUUUCAUGUGUAAUUGUGGUUGUGAAAUUCAGACAUGAGAAUCAUAAUAUCAAGCUUGCAUUAUUUGA